GGUCGACUUCCCCACGGGGAAUUUUUGCGGGGUACACUGUUGUCCUCUUUCCCACCGCUGCAAGGAAACUCUUUCCGUCCGCCUUCAUCCACCACAACUGCUAUAUCGCUUAGCAACGCAUCGCUAAUGCCUCCGUCGACGGUAAAAAAGAGAACUCGGCUGAUCACCGGCUGCCAGCGAUGUAGAGUUCGUCAUUUCAAGUGCGACACCGAUCUCCCGGCUUGCGCUCCUUGCAAAGAUUCCGGGACUAAAUGUGUGAGAGGAGUUAAUGUCCGAUUCCGCAAUGGGUUGGAUUUGGGAGAGGAUCAUGAUGUCGCGUUUCCGGAGAGUAGGAUUUGGCCGCGUUUGACGGGAUCCAGUAGGUUUCAUUUUGUUUCGUUUCCUCGGGCCAAGCUGAGUAGUAUGCAUUCCACUUCCAUGACGAGACGUUCGAGAUCCAACGGCUGUAUACGGACGAGGAUUCUGAGACAGCAUGGGAACAGGAAGAGAUCACCAGUUAUUCGCGCGAGAUCAAUGCAAGCCGGACAAUAGAAAGACAUGAGAGCCCUAGAUCACCAGAGUAUCAGCCAUAUCCAUCUGGGGUUGCUGAGUCUCGAAAAGCAAACCUCUCUUCCGACAUACUCCAUACUCUCCACGAUCCUUCGGCAGGUGCAAGGCGCCCGUCAGGAGAGCUUUCAAGCUUGCAGCACCCAGUCCCUGCGUUCACUGAAAGAGAGGCGGUCCUAAUGCGAAAUUAUAUCGAACACAUGGCUCUAUGGGUACGUAAUA